UUUUGUCACACAUCUACUGAGCUACGCCCAACUUAAGCUCGGGGUCACCAUCAAAUCCGGGUCAUCUUAAUUGAAUGCCUUCAAAUCCUUGCGGGUCAUUUGAACAUCUCCUUCUUAAUCACCUUAUCCAUAACAUUACGUCCACUCAUCAGCUUCCACCAAUCGCCAUUUAUGGCAAAUGUUUCUAUCUUCUAGUUUUCAUGCCCAGAAGCGAAUUGUGGCAGUCUUAAAACGUCCGCAGUUCAUUAAUUUCAAGCUUAGACUUUCAUGCUGGAAACCUAGUUCCAUGUUUGAUGUGCAUGACAAGUCGAUGCAUUUUCUUAUACAAGCCUGUGAUAUUAGGUCUCACAAUACGAGAUGAUAAUAAAGGGGCUGUUCCGGAGACGGGAAAGGUGGAACCCAGUUCACCCAACUUAUGGAUCUUUCUGGGGGGUUGAAUUCGGAAUCGGGUGUGGAGUCGGGUGGGGGCCCGGAUUUGGACCGGAAGUGAUUGGUUAUGUUGGAUCCGGUUGCGGAGCAGGGUUUUGUAUAGGAAUCACUCUGGUCGGUUUCGGGAUUGGCCUUCCCGCCAAUUCUUUCUUCAAAUCUCCUUCCAAUGCACCCAUUGCUGUAAAAGGAUGUGCUUCAGAGGUUUCUAAAUCAAAGGGAGCUGAUGGUUGGAUGAACUUGGGUCCACUGAUUUCCGAUCUACAUCAGAAAAUAGGAAGCAAUUUUACUACUUCAAUGGUGAAAGAUUCUGUGAAGAAUACCACAAAUGUAACUGAUAUGAAAACUAAAAUGUUUUUACUUACGAAGGGUUUUUUGGAUCAAUCGGAGGUGAUCAGCAAGCAUGGAAGCAAAGGUAGUACCCUUAAUGUGCAUAUAAUAUAUCCUUUUUCAAUAGGAAUCUUGUACUAUCAUUUUCUCUUGUCAGAUCCGAGCAGCUAAGUCUCUUAGAGAACAAGUAGAGUAAAAGAAAAACCAACAUGUUAAUUUUCUCUUGGGCAACUAUGGAAUGAAAAGUUUGGUUCACUUUUUCAAAUUUUAUGUGUGAAAUGCGGGCUCAGACCUUUUAAAUUCUUAUUAAAAAUUUGCCCUUUGAAGUUUUUUGUUUCUCAGAGAUAGAAUUCCCAUAAGAACUUUUUUUGCCUCCCAAUCAGUAAAUCAUGCCUUGCCCAUCAAGCAUGACAUAGAGCGUUUUUGCAUAUGUACAUUGAUUUUUUAAACUAUAUCUUAAAACAUAAUUGCGGGCAUCUUGUACAGUUUAAGUGUAGUUUUACCAUCUUUGAUGAUAAAAAUGUACCUGCAUGAGUGCUGUAUCUUCAUUUACUAUUCCAGAAACUUGAGAAGGCAUGUUUUCACGCUUAUAGGUUCCACAAAUUGAUGGCCUGAUGAACAUUGUUCAAGGUAAUAUUACAGGGAAACAAUGGGGAUAAAGACUGACAUAAGAGGUUUCUUAAAACUGAUCGGCAUGCUUCUGUAAUUAUAAGAAUUAUUAUUUUCCUUCAAUGUAAUAUUGGAAUUUGGAAGUACUCCCCCAUACUCCCAUCUUGUCCUUUUCAUUUUACAUUUUGAUUUUCAUUGUGGCAUACAUUGUUUGGUUCUCUUGAUCAGAAUUUAGCGUAAAGAUUCUUAUAAUAUAUGCUGUUAUAGUGUAAUCUCGAAAAAGAAGUGUAUUUCCGUGAGAACAAUAGUUUAUUUAGAGGGUGCUUGAUAAGUAUUGCACUAUGUUUUCCCCCCCAACUUAUAGUCAUUGAG